ACUUUUAGUCGUGGAUCCCCACCUAAGCUGGUCCUGCAGCCGGCAGGGGGAGUUCUGUUCACCAGCGAGGAAGAGUCGAGAGCUCACCUGGAGAAAAUCUGUGCAGGAAUACUCAACGGAGUGAAGGAGGAUUCCUCUUCCUCAGCGGCAUCAUCUCCAGAUAUGUUUGCUGUAUAUCUGCAUGUGCCUUACACAGGCAACACCUGCUUCCUGUUUCAACAAGAAGAUGAAAGAGAUCACUUCCURUCUGUCCUCAGGACCUGUAUUAGACACCGCAACCUGGACCCUUGGCARGAUUUGCCCCACGAGAGCCAGGCGUAUGCCCGAGCCCUGCGUCUGUACCUUCAGGAGAAAGGCUGCUAUGCAUCCUGGGAGAAGCUGCUGGGCACCGAAGAACAGGUGCUGGCCCGCCAGGUGAUGGAGGAAAUGUUGUCAUGGCUACAGAGCCAGCUUCAGUCUAAGGUGAAGGGCAAGAAGACGGAACGGAUCCGACAAUGGCAGGCAGUAAGUCCUACUAACAAACAGAGUGUUUU